AUGUCGAGCGACAACAAGGCGGCAGCAGCUGCUGCCUCGGGUGCGGCGCAUGAUCCCGAUGCCAUCACCAACGCCCCGACCGCCGAAGCGGCAGCGGCAGCGGCAGCCCAUGCUGAGUUCCGCGGCGGCGAGAAGGCCGCCGAGUUCCUGGCCACCGUUGGCGAGGACACUUCGUUCACGUACGAGGAGGAGAAGUCGGUCCUGCGGCGCGUCGACCUCCGGAUCCUGCCCAUCAUCCUGCUCGCCUACUUCUUCCAGCAGCUGGACAAGUCGUCGCUGUCGUACGUGUCCAUCUUCGGCAUUGUCGACGACGCCCACCUCGUCGGCCACCAGUACUCGUGGCUCGGCUCCAUCCUCUACCUCGCCCAGCUAGUCAUGCAGCCCCUGGCCGCGUUCCUGCUCGUCAAGCUCCCCACCGGAAAGCUGAUCGCCGGCGCCAUCUUCUUCUGGGGCUCGAGCCUCACUAUCAUGGCCGCGUGUACCGAUUUCAAGAGCCUCCUCGGCCUCCGCUUCUGCCUCGGCGCCUUCGAGGCCAUGAUUGCUCCGUCCCUCCUUGCUGUCACCCAAAUGUGGUGGAGGCGCGGCGAACAGACCCUCCGGGUCUCUUAUUGGAAUGCAAUGAAUGGCGUGACCGCUAUCGUGGGAAGUCUCGUCACAUACGGCCUGGGUCGUAUCGAGAGCGAGAAGCUCUUCAAGUAUCAGAUCAUCUUCAUGUUCUGCGGACUCCUCACCGUCGUGUACUCCGUCAUCGUUUUCUUCACCAUGCCCGACUCCCCCAUGGAAGCCAAGUUCCUGAGCCAGAGGGAAAAGGUCAUCGCCGUCGAGCGGCUCCGCGCUAACCAGAUGGGCGUCAUUUCCCGCGAGUGGCGAUGGGACCACGUGCGCGACACCUUCUUGGAUAUUAAGACCUACCUCUGGUUCUUGCUGAUUGUUUCCAUCUCGAUCCCAAGUGGUGGAAUCAGCACCUUUGGUAAUCUUAUCGUCCAGUCGUUCGGCUACGACAAGUUCAAGACAAUUCUGUUCAACAUUCCUUUUGGGGUGAUCCAAGUCAUUGUCAUCAUCUUUACCGGAUGGCUGACCGGGAAGAUCAAGAGCAAGGGCUGGGUCAUCGUCGGAGUCUCUCUCCUUCCCAUCAUCGGCACAAUUUUGAUGUUGACCGUAGACCGAAAGAACCAGGGAGCGCUGCUGUUCGGCUACUAUCUAGUCUCCUGCUUGGCUGCCAUCACUCCGUUGGUCUACGCGUGGGAAGCACAGAACACCGCCGGCGACACGAAGCGGAAGUGCACUUCGGGGGUGGUCUUCGUCGGGAUGUGCACGGGCAACGUUAUUGGCCCCCAGCUCUACAACACCAACCAGAAGCCAACAUACCGCCCUGGCCUGAUCUCCUCCUUGAUCAUGUUCAUCGUCGUCGCCGUCAUUCCCACGCUCAUCAUCUUCUACCUCAUGUACCUCAACCGCGUCCACGCCAAGCAGCGCGAGCGGAUGGGCAAGUCGGCCGUCAUCGUGGACGAGUCCAUGAUGAGCGGGGAGAGGGUGCGCGCCGGCAAGGAGGCCGCCAUGAUGGAGAUGGACGAGGGCGCGGUGCCGGCCGGCCCCGUCGUCGCCGACAAGGGCUUCUCCGACGUGACGGACCUGAAGAACGAGGAUUUCGUCUACGUUUAUUGACAUGCCUUUUAUUGGUUUGCUGAAUAAUUUGGGUCUGCCGACCAGGUGGGAGGGAUGGUGGUAAUACUUGGUUGGAUUAAGGCCAGGGCUGGUUGUCGGUGUUGAAAGGGG